AUUUAGUGUAACUCUGUUUAUUUUCUCCUCAAGCUGCUCUACGCCUAUCCCUUGUGUUCUCUUCCUUUUCAAUUCCAACCAGCAGCUAGUUCAGCCACUAUGGCCACAAAUCCAACUCCUAUAAGGCGGAGCAAGACCAUGCCAACAGAUGGUCCAACAUGCAAGUUCCUCUAUACAAUCAUGAAGCAACUGGACCUGAAGUCGAUCGAUUGGAAUCUCGUCGCCUCGCAACUGGACAUCUCCAACGGCCACGCUGCCCGCAUGCGCUACUCCCGUUUCAGGCAGCAGAUGCAAAUCAUGGAAGGAAUCACGCCCAUAACUCGAACCAACAGACCCAGGAAGUCAGGGAGCAAAGGGGAAAAGGGUUCUGCCAAGACAGACGGUCAGUCCGUAAAGCACUCUACCUCUGCCUCUCCUCCGCCAGUGGUACCGAAGUUGGAGCCCGGCAUCGGCUGCCACGAGAGCUCGCCUUUUGAGUCAAAAUCCUUCAUCAAGUCUGAACAAAUUAUGCAUGCCGCCCCCAAUCUUGCAGCGAUUCCGCCCGCUGUUCCCGCACCUCACAUGAUGCCGUCUCCGUUCCAGGGUGUCCCGGAGCCUAUGGUUCAGUAUCCUCCCGUGACAACAGUGGCUCCAACGGACCUCACACUGCUGGACGGCUCGAUGAAUGGCUUCCAGACUGGUUUUGGUUUAGAGAGCCAUCAGGCUCAUCCGCAGAACAUCUGGGAUCCGGUUAAGAUGGAGCGGAACGACGGUGGUAUGGGUGAUCUGAUGGUUAAGAUAGAGCAGUAGGAACAACAGUGGUCCGACUGGAAACAGCAGAUCCAAACUGCGUUUCUAUUUAGUGUUGCCUUAUGGCCCUCUACGAAGGUUGGUGAUUAUCGUGUCAUGUCGUGUCGUGUCUGCAUUCGGCGUUGUCUGUCAGUGAAUGUCCCCAAUGGUUUAAUCUGGAGGGGUAUGUAAAACCAGUCUGAUAUGUCUUUGCAGUAUAGAAUUUGGCUGUACUUUCUUUCAGAACAUCUUCAAAAGUAGAGUUUAGACAGUAUUUCUUUUGUGAAGAAUGAUAAUACUGGGUGUGCUUUCUCAGCAGCAGUCUCUUCCGCUCCUCCACCAUCAGGGUAAGAGAGGAUAGCCUCACAGUUU